AUGUCCUCCUCCCUUUUCGGGAAUAAGCUGUUCAACAGCAGCGCCAGCAGCAACAAUCAUCGCCCCGCCGGUCUCAACAACGACGGUCCCAGCCACUACAAAUUACUCAGCGACACCAGCUCCAGCAGCGAAACCAGUCCCAGCAGCGACGAUACGGUUAUCGCCGGCUACGAGGACAGAAACAGCCAUGCCGGUCCAUCGGUUCCCGAUCACCAGAGCAGGGGCCCCUCUGAGGCGAACUUGGAGGGUCUCCGGGAGAGUGUCAGGAUGCUCGAGGGCGAGGCAGAUCAGCUCCAGAGGAAGCACCGGCCCCCCAGACAUGGCAAGGGGCUCGCAGAGCUCGUGGCAGCCUUCUUUCAGUUGAUAAGGGCAUUCUAUCUUUGGUGGAUGGGCGUGAUGGCUUCUCAGCGGGACAAAGUGAGAGAAGCCAGGCGCAGGCGCAGGCGCUCCCUUCCGAGCCGCGGCGAGGGAGGCGGGGACAAGGGGCUUGAAGGGGCGAAACGUGGUAGGGUUGGACGGGCAGAGUGUUCAGAAUAA